UGCAGUGUGCGCGGAGGCUUCGGUGCGCUCUCGGAGCUGCGCUCCUGAAGUUGUGGGGAAUCGAGCAGGAGAAAAGUAGACGCCCGCGUUUCCCACAUUCCUGUCAGCUGGAAGGAUAAUCAAAGCGGGGGACGCCUGGCGGGGGGAAGAGGACUUUGUGGCUUUUAUUUGAGAGACCAAGCAAACCCAACAGUAUGAGGUGCAGUUAUGGCAGGCAAGGGUAAGACAGUCGUGAGGACGCUGGAGGAUUUAACGCUUGAUUCUGGUUAUGGUGGAGCCGCGGACUCGGUCAGGUCGUCCAGCGUGUCGCUGUGCUGCUCCGACACGCACCCGUCCUUGCAUGGGGGCAACUGCUGGCAUCUGACGGAAUCCAUGCACAGCCGGCAGAACAGUUUGGACACGGUCAACACCGUCCUGGCGGAGGACACGGAGAUCCUGGAGUGCUCGGGCCAGUGCGCCAAGCUGCCCGAGCUGGAGGACGUGCCGUGGAGCCUGGGCGAGGUGGAGGGCGCGCUGAGGAAAGACGACGAGCUGAUGGUGGGGGAGCCGCCGCCGGAGGUGCUGGCGCGCCUGUCCGCGCUCAUCAGCCGCGCGCUGGUGCGCGUGGCCCGGGAGGCGCAGCGGCUCAGCCUGCGCUACGCCAAGUGCACCAAGCACGAGAUCCAGAGCGCCAUCAAGGUGGUGCUGUCCUGGACCAUCUCCGUCAACUGCAUCACGGCGGCGCUGAGCGCGCUCUCCCUCUACAACAUGAGCACCGGGGACAAGUUCAGCCGCGGCAAGUCCGCGCGCUGCGGGCUCAUCUUCUCCGUGGGGAAGUUCUUCAGGUGGAUGGUGGACAGCCGGGUGGCGCUCAGGAUCCACGAGCACGCCGCCAUCUACCUGAGCGCCUGCAUGGAGAGCCUGUUCCGGGAGGUGUUCAGCCGCGUCCUGCGCAGCGCGCUGGUGGAGAGGGACAACGGAAUCCCCAAAUUCACCCUGGAGUCCCUGGAGCAAGCCAUCAGCAACGACUCGGAGAUCUGGGGUCUGCUGCAGCCCUACCAGCACCUCAUCUGUGGCAAGAAUUCAAGCGGUGUUCUGAGUCUGCCCGAGAGUCUGAACCUGCACCGGGACCAGCAGCGGUCCGGACGCGCCGGCGAGGGUCCGGGCUACACGCAGGCCGAGCUGCGGACGCUGGAGCAGUCGCUGCUCGCCACCCGGGUGGGCAGCAUCGCCGAGCUGAGUGACCUGGUGUCCCGGGCCAUGCACCACCUCCAGCCCCUGCACAUCAAGAACGCCAGCAACGGGACGCCGGUGCACCAGAAGAGCGGCGGCGCCGGCGGCGUGGUGCACUGGGAGCCCGAGGCCCUCUACACCCUCUGCUACUUCAUGCACUGCCCCCAGAUGGAAUGGGAGAACCCCAACGUGGAGCCCUCCAAGGUCACCUUACAGACCGAGAGGCCCUUCCUCGUGCUGCCUCCCCUCAUGGAGUGGAUCCGGGUGGCGGUCGCCCACACCGAACAUCGGCGGAGCUUCUCCGUGGACAGCGACGACGUGCGGCAGGCCGCCCGGCUGCUGCUGCCCGGCGUGGACUGCGAGCCGCGCCAGAUCAAGGCGGAGGACUGUUUCUGCGCCACCAGGAAGCUGGACGCCGCCUCCACCGAGGCCAAGUUCCUGCAGGACCUGGGAUUCAGGAUGCUGAACUGUGGGCGCACGGACCUGGUGAAGCAGGCCGUCAACCUGCUGGGGCCCGACGGCAUCAACAGCAUGAGCGAGCAGGGUAUGACCCCCCUGAUGUACGCCUGUGUCCGGGGGGACGAGGCCAUGGUGCAGAUGCUGCUGGACGCCGGCGCCGACAUCAACAGCGAGGUGCCCAGCACAGUAAACAAGCACCCCUCAGUUUAUCCUGAAACUCGCCAGGGGACGCCUCUCACAUUCGCCGUGUUGCACGGACACGUCCCUGUCGUGCAGCUGUUGCUGGAUAACCGGGCGAAUGUGGAGGGCGCCCUGCAGGAUGGGGCGGAGAACUACACCGAGACGCCGCUGCAGCUGGCCGCCGCCGCAGGUAACUUCGAGCUGGUGAGUCUGCUGCUGGAGCGAGGAGCCGACCCCCUGAUCGGCACCAUGUGUCGAAACGGCAUCUCGUCCGCCCCGCUGGGAGACAUGAACUCCUACAGCCUGGCAGCGGCGCACGGCCACAGGAACGUGUUCCGGAAGCUCCUGUCCCAGUCGGACAAAGACAAGGGGGACGUGCUGUCGCUGGAGGAGAUCCUGGCGGAGGGCUCGGAGCCGGGGGACAAGAGGCUGGCCCCGCAGGCCAACGGCAGAGGGACCCUGCGAACAGGAAAGGCCAGGCUGCGGGCCCUGAGAGAGGCCAUGUACCAUAGCGCAGAGCACGGCCAUGUGGACAUCACCAUAGACAUCCGCAGCUUAGGCGUUCCCUGGACGCUGCACACCUGGCUGGAGUCCCUGCGCACCUGCUUCGUGCAGCACCGCCGGCCGCUGAUCCAGGGCCUGCUCAAGGACUUCAGCUGCAUCCAGGAGGAGGAGUACACGGAGGAGCUCAUCACGCACGGCCUGCCGCUCAUGUUCCAGAUCCUCCGCACCAGCAAGAACGAGGUGAUCAGCCAGCAGCUGUCAGUCAUCUUCACGCAGUGCUACGGGCCGUUUCCCAUCCCCAAGCUGACGGAGAUCAAGAAGAAGCAGACCUCGCGCUUAGAUCCACACUUCUUGAACAACAAGGAGAUGUCGGACGUGACCUUCCUGGUGGAGGGAAAACCUUUUUAUGCACAUAAAGUGUUGCUGUUCACAGCUUCGCCCAGGUUCAAGUCGCUCCUGCAGAACCGGCCGGCGGCCGAAAACACCUGCAUCGAGAUCAGCCACGUCAAGUACAACAUUUUCCACCUGGUCAUGCAGUAUCUGUACUGCGGAGGCACCGAGUCGCUGCACAUCCGGAACACUGAAGUGAUGGAGCUCCUGUCCGCCGCCAAGUUCUUCCAGCUGGAGGCGCUCCAGAGACACUGCGAGAUCAUCUGCUCCAAGAACAUCACCACGGAGACGUGCGUGGACCUGUACAAGCACGCCAAGUUCCUGGGGGCCUCGGAGCUCACGGCCUUCAUCGAGGGCUACUUCCUGAAGAACAUGGUGCUGCUGAUCGAGCUGGACGGCUUCAAGCAGCUGCUGUACGAGCCGCCGCCGCCGCCGCCGUCGCCCGACAGCCCCGCCUCCAGCCCGGGCGUCUGCUCCGACAUCCUGCUGGACCUGGAGAAGACCCUGGCCACGCGCAUCCACUCCAUCCACCUCUCCACCUCCAAGGGCUCGGUGGUGUGACCCCCCUGGCUCCGCCCCCCCCCCCGUCAUCCCCGCCCCCCGCCGCCGUCCCUUUAACUCCACCGGGAGGAUUCGUAGAAAAACAGCAUCUCUUAGACCUGAACCCUCUGACUGUGUUUCACGUAGGAAACGUGCAUGAGCUCCACACCGUAGACUCCUCCCCCCCCCCGCCCGUCCUCCCUCCACCCCUCCCCCACCGCUUCACCCUCCCGCCCUCCGCCCGGACGCGGCAGCAGACGCUUCGCUCCGGGUCCAGAGUAAUAACGACGAGUAGCAGAGCCAGCGGGACUCCGGCUCGGAUCACUGUGUUCCUCAAACUGUGUGCAGAAGCCAAACACCUUCCUCAUCCUCCUCAUCGUCACAGGAACUUCCAGAGGGAGGGAGCGCCCCCCCCCCCCCCCCCCCCCCGCCGCCCGCCACGCCGCCGCCCGCCCUGCACACCCUUAUUUCUUUCUUUCUUUCUCUCUCCUGCAUGAAACCCCUGCGUGUAAAUACAGAGCCCUGCUGCUUCGUUUUUUUUAAACCGGUGUACAGUCGUCUCCGCACUGGCUCGGCUCGCCGCCCGCUCUGAAUGUGACCUCCGACCCCCCGCCCACCCCUCCGCCCGCCGUGCGUCCUGCUCCUGCAUGUUUUAAUCGGUUUCCUCCCGUUUUAGAUGAGAGUCGACGCGUCUGACUGAAGGAUUUUAGAUUUUUAAACCGAGAGCUUCAACGCUUCCGAACAGACCUUCACUUAUUUCUUCUUUUAAUUUAUCUUUUUACUAAAUAGAAGUGUUUUAAAGGACAGAGGUGGACCUGCACACUCUCAGUCUGGAAAACACACGAGCGUUCAAAAGAAGCAACUUGACCAUCAUUUUGCACGUUUUACAAAUUCCAGUGCAAAAAAAAAUCUGUAACCGGCAUCAACCUGUAAUUUUACCCAUUUUCAGUUUCCUUCCUGAAAAUAUAAAGUAUUUCGAUUCUGUUCUGUUCUCUUAGACACAUUUUACUUAUUCUUAUGACAGCAUUUCAUAUUUUAUUGAGAAAAAAAAAAAUUCCUUUUUUGUCAAAAUUUUAGAAAUCGAGAGAAUUUAUUUAUUUUAUUUUUUUAAAGACACAAAGUAUAAAAAGCCAGAUCGAGGAAGAACUCUCCAAAAACUUGAAUUUAUGUUGCCUGAUCGUCACAGUAGGUUCUCCUGAAGUGGGUAAAAUCUGCAGCUUUUGAUUUUGCAAUUUCAGCUCAGGUCCAGUGAAAAGACGAAGAAUCUGGAUUAAAAAAAAGUAGAUUUCCGUGCCGACAGUGUGCAGUAAUCCGCCCACCAGCUGAGCUUCUCGGGUCCGAGGCUUUAAAAAAAAAAAAAAAACCCAUUUCAUGAACGUAACAGUGCAACAAAAUCCAAA